AGUUGACUUCCGGUUGUCAGUACAGCGGGAUGCGCUUCGCCGCACAGGAAUCGUCACUCAAGACAGUCAAUUGCUCUUAAGGAUUAUCGGGGACAAAUUCUCAAGAAUUCUCAUUGCGCUCCAGAGAACGCUCCGGAUUUCAUUCUCAGUGGCUAACAGUCGCUGAUUUUCGCUGCCGCACCAGGAAGCGCGGCAUCACCUCACCGUCGCCGGUACCUCGACGAACCGGGAGGCGGCGGAAGACCAGGGCCACACACGCCGAGGAGGAAAGGAGGGCUGUCGGCCGGUAUCCUAGUCUCAUCGGGCAUCCGACCACCAGCCGGCGAUGCCUGCACCGACGUCAGCGGCGGGUGCGGCCAGCGAGGGCGGCCCGCGCAGCGAACUGCAGGAGUUACAGCUCAAGGCCGGUCAGACCACGGAUGAGUCUCUGGAGAGCACGAGGCGUAUGCUGAUGCUAUGCGAGGAGAGCAAGGAGGCUGGCAUCCGCACUCUGGUCGCACUCGACGACCAGGGAGAACAACUGGACCGAAUCGAGGAGGGCAUGGACCAGAUUAACGCCGACAUGAGAGAAGCCGAGAAGAAUCUCACUGGAAUGGAAAAGUGCUGCGGCCUCUGCGUUCUUCCCUGUAACAAAGGCGCCAGCUUCAAGGAGGACGAGGGCACGUGGAAGGGCAACGACGACGGCAAGGUCGUGAACAACCAGCCGCAGCGGGUAAUGGACGACCGCAACGGUCUCGGGCCGCAGAGCGGUUACAUCGCCAAGAUCACGAACGACGCGCGCGAGGGGGAGAUGGAGGAGAACAUGGGCCAGGUGAACACGAUGAUCGGCAAUCUGAGGAACAUGGCGAUCGACAUGGGCAGCGAGCUCGAGAAUCAGAAUCGGCAGAUCGACAGGAUCAAUCGCAAGGGCGAGUCGAACGAGACGAGGAUACAGGUGGCCAACGAGCGAGCCCAUCAGCUACUCAAGUAAGAGGCCCCACACUCUCUGUCGACCACCCGCACCCCGUCGGCCGCCACGAGCAUCACUACCAUCACCCUCCACCACCAACAACAACAACAACACAACAGCAACAACAACAGUAACAACACCAGCACAAUUACACCCGACAGUCCACUCGAUUCUUUGCUCACGGUCUGUUUUACUCGCGUUUCGUUUGUUAGACGCGUCCGCCCACUUGUUGUUUUUCUAUAUUCGCGUUUAUCGAUAUCUAGCUCGAUAUCGAUAUUAUUUAAGUUUAACCCUAAACUUGAAAGCGAGUCCUGCAAGAUUACGCGAGUUGCAGUUUUCCUCAUUGGUUAGAUAUUAUGAUUUCCCCCUCUUUUUGUAGAUAAAAUAAGAAAAUAAUGUAAAUUGAAAAUUUAUAUGUUGCUGACGACGCGAAUGUCUAAAAGUCGUCGUGAAGCGACUUGUAUAAAAGAGUUUCUAGUUUUUCAGAUGCCUCUUGGACAUUCGCGUUAUCCUGAUUAUCCUUUUUAAGUUAUGUGAGUGAAGAGUACACUCGUCGUAAUUUACUUUAUUAACGGUGCAGUUGAAGAAAUUAAAAGAAAAAAAUAAAUAAAUAAAUAACUUUGAAACAUUUAUUACCAAUACAAGUAUGUUUUACUUUUCCUUUUUAGCUCUUAGUUUACUUUUGCAAGUUUAGGGUUAACAUACCGAUGUAUCGCAAGAGCGCGUUACGAAAAAAUCCGGAGAUUAAAUUUGAUUUUUGUUUUAAAAUCUCCGAGUGUCCGAUGUGAAUUCCUGAUUAUAGCGUCAGCGACAGAUCUAAUUUAAUUUCCGCUGGAACACUUCGAUUCUCGUCAGUCCAUUUCUGCAACUGGAAGUUAAAUUUAAUCUCCGAAGUAGACUCUUUGUCCUUACGGCGGCGAUAAUCCGCCGGUGAAGCUUCUGGUUCGAAACAAAAACAUCUCGAGCAGCGGUGCGGCUAAUCGGCAAUUAAAGCUGGGUGAAAAAAAAUUUAAUUUGAGACCAGCAGCUUCAUUGUACCGAUCACAACGAAGUGCCGAUGGAAUUUUUCUCUAGCGAGGCGUAAAAUGUCGCGUAUCGUGUAGCUUAAAAGACGGGGCUGUGAUACUUGAUAUCCGGUUUUAAAAGCGAGCAGCUUCGUUCUUUGCCGACAGAGUUUAGCGUUAAUUAACGGUGGAAUUUAAAUUAAAAAAUAUAUAUAUAUAUAUAUAUCUCGUUGAUCACACAUAAUAUAUACACACACACAUGCUGGAGAUUAAAUGCAGCGAUUACUUUAAUCCUCUCAAUUCAGUCGACUCUGGAGAUCGCGAACGUAAUUAUAUUGGAAAUAUAAAUAUAUUAAAAAAAAAAGGAAGGAACAAGAUCAUAGUACAAACAUCAUUACACUUAUCUCCUUAGCGAGACGGUUCCGAGUACUCGUGUAAACUUUAUUUAUUGUCUCAUUAUUAAAUAUUACCGGUCUCCGAUUACAAUUUACGGAGCGCCAAUUCAAUAUAGCGAUAACACAUCACUUUACGAGCGAAAGGAGCGACACAUUAAUCUCCCUCCCUCAAAUCUCCCAAGCGCGGAGGGCCUCGUUGUUUCCUUUGACCAAAAAAAAAAAAAAAAAAAAAA